AUGAAGCUUCACAAUCUAAUUUCUUUUGCUAGCCUCGUGGCCUGGGGAGAUGCCCAUGGAUAUCUCACGAUUCCAUCUAGCCGGACCCGUCUUGGCUUUGAGGCCGGCAUCGAUACCUGCCCUGAAUGCUCCAUUCUCGAGCCCGUAACCGCCUGGCCAGACCUGGAAACAGCCCAAGUGGGUCGAAGUGGACCUUGCGGGUACAACGCCCGAGUCAGUGUUGACUACAACCAACCCGGUGAUUACUGGGGCAACGAAGUGGUCGCAACAUACACCGCUGGUGACACUGUUGAAGUCCAGUGGUGUGUCGAUAACAACGGCGACCACGGCGGAAUGUUCACAUACGGAAUCUGUCAAAACCAAACGCUGGUCGAUCUUUUCCUGACACCCGGAUAUCUGCCCACAACAGCAGAGAAGCAAGCUGCAGAAGAUUGCUUUCUGGAUGGGGAGCUCAAGUGCACGGAUGUGACCGGUCAAACUUGCGGAUAUAAUCCGGACUGCUCUUCCGACGAAGCAUGUUAUCGAAAUGACUGGUUUACUUGCAAUGCAUUCUCUGCAUCGAGUAAUCGCGGGUGCCAGGGCGUUGACGGGGCUGCGCUUGGAUCUUGCACGACGACAAUCGCGGGAGGUUAUACCGUCACCAAGAAGAUAAAGAUCCCGAACUAUGAAUCUGCUCAUACCUUGCUUCGUUUCCGAUGGAAUUCUUUUCAAACGGCGCAGGUGUAUCUACAUUGUGCCGAUAUCGCGAUCGGAGGAUCCGGUUCGGGGUCUUCUUCAUCAUCGUCAACAAGCAGCACUACCAGCAAGACAACUACCACCAGUGCUACCACUACAGCAACAUGCACAGCCGCUACAAGUAUCGCAGUGGUGUUCAAUGAACUUGUGACGACAACCUAUGGGCAAAGUAUUUAUCUUGCUGGAUCUAUCAGUCAGCUCGGUUCUUGGGAUACAUCAUCAGCCAUUGCUUUGUCGGCCAGCUCAUACACAACAUCCAACCCACUCUGGACAGGAUCGGUCACACUUCCUGUUGGCACAACCUUUGAAUACAAGUUCAUCAAGAAGGGAACAGAUGGGACUUUUACUUGGGAGAGUGAUCCUAACCGAAGCUACACUGUGCCCACUGCGUGUUCCGGGGCAACGGCGACUGUUACAGCAACCUGGCGAUAG